AUGGCUGUGGGCUUUCAAAACCAAGGGAAUUCUUGUUCAGCCAACAGUGCUUUACAGUGCGUUGUUCACACUCCAGAGCUCUCUAGCUUCUUCUUGAAAUCAGACAACGUAAGAGGGCCAAAGCUGACAAAUCCGAGCGUCCAGCAGGACGCACAGGAGUAUCUCGAUUUUCUUUUGGGUGCCCUGGAUCAAGAAUUCAAGAAGCAAGAGAAUCCUCCUAAAGGAAAAAAGGUGCGGCCAGAGCUCCCCUCUCCAGUCGCAGAUUUCUUCGAGGGCCAAACCAAAUCCACAGUGAAAUGCCCGAAGUGCUCCAACAUGGUCUCCUCCACGCCUGAAUCUUUCACCUCUCUCUCGCUGCCAGUCCAUGAGAUGACGCAGCCGGUUUCUCUGGAAUCAUGCAUCCGGGAGUACACCAAAGACGAUGUUUUGGAUUCCUGGCACUGCCCAAAGUGCAAGAGAAACCAAAAGGACGCUGUCAAGAAACUGGAGCUUGGGAAGCUCCCACGGAAUUUGAUCCUCCAUUUGGCAAGGUUUAAGUGCGAUUCUUCGGGGAGUGUGGAGAAGAUCGACACCACGGUGGAGUUUCCACAGAUUUUGACACUUUGGGAACAGGAGUACAAACUGUAUGGAUUGAUUAACCAUAUGGGAGACUCCGACUAUGGGCACUACACGGCAACCAUCAAACUCCCAAAUGGAAAGUGGUACAGCUUUGACGAUGAGGUGGUGGAAGAGAUUUUUGAGCUAUCGAGGUGCUCGAGCGAUGCAUACAUUUUGUUCUAUCACAAAACAAGUGUGUGAGAAUUACAGUACAUAUUUACACGA